UUUUUCUCAAUUUCAAUAUUUUUUCUUCAGAGUGAAAAAAUGGCAACUCAAUCAACUAGGCAUGCUGCUGAAAAUGUUGCCACUGCUUUUGUGGUUCAAUACUAUAACAUUUUACAAAAGCUAAUUGACCAAUCAUAUCGAUUUUACAAGGAAAGAAGUGUCCUAAGUUGGCCACUUCCAGAUGGUGAAAUUAAGUCUGUGACAACUUCUCAAGGCAUAAACGAUUUUAUCAUUUCAUCACAUUUUAAGGAUAGCAAAGUCGAAGUCAUAACUAUUGACUCUCAAUCAUCUAUGGCUGGAGGUGUUCUAGUGAUGGUUACAGCUUGCUUGAUAGGACAAGACGAGUCGAAAAAAAGGUUCUCUCAAACUUUUUUCCUUGCUCCACAAGAAACAGGAUACUAUGUGAUGAACGAUAUUUUUCGAUUUAUUGGUGAGGAAGAAUCUUCAACAAUUGUUGAGGAAAAUGUUUUAGUUGAUUCUCCUUUGGCUAUUGGGAGCAAAGAUGAAAACAUUGUUGAUCAAGUUGGUCACAAGCCUUCACUCACUUCAAACCAAAAAGAACAAAAACAAAAAGAGGCUCCAAAAAUUAGCUAUGCUUCAAUGAUAAAGCAAGGUAGGCCCUCGCCACCAACAAAUGCCCCUCACAAGAUUGUAAGGGUUGUCACGAUUACUGAUCUCCCAUCAACACCUAAAAAAAUUCAACAACCCAACAACAACUUCGUUCAGGCACCGACAAUUACACAAGACAAUUCUAAUGACAUCCAGUAUAAAUCGAUAUAUAUUGGAGGAUUACCAUCCAACACAACAAGGAAUGAUCUAUAUGCUAUAGUUAAAGAAUUUGGACCAGUUCACACUCAUGAAGUUCAAUUAAAAACUUAUGAGGAUGGAUAUUGCUGUGGGUUUGUGCAUUUUCAAGAUGCAAUUUCUGCUAAAAAUGCUGUCCAAACUCAUUACAUUAUUGUGAAAGGAAAAAGGGCUUACAUAAGAUUCAAGAGACCUGACAAAGUUCACGGCGAGAGGAGAAACUCUCCAUCGGAGAAAGGUGAAUUUCGCGGCGGUCGCCGGCCUCAAAGUUCUGAUGGACGAUGGGGAGAAGGUUACAAACAGAACUACAUGAUGAGGGAUCAAAGAGGGGGUGGCAACUAUAUUAAUUAGUGUUGUUGUAGGCCUUAGUCCAAAACAAUAUUUGGUUUUUGGAUGGUUUUAAAAAACUAAUAUUCCAAAUUUAAUUUAUAGAUAUUUAUAUCUAUGAAAUAUAGAAAAGACAUAAGUUUCAACUCAUUUCGAAGUUGCUUCAAUAGUUUAUUGGAUGUGAUUUUAUAAUUGUUACAAAUUAAGGUAAACUAUCAUUGUGGUCUUUUAUUC